CAUUCUUAUCAUGCAGACAUGCCCAGCUCAACCUCCACUCGAUUUCACGCGGCAAGACUUUCGAUGUGAGUGGUUACGACGAGGGGUUACUGUUCGCACUAAGUUAAAGUAGCCGCUGAGUAUGUUUCUUGCGACAACAACGAAGCAUUUGUCACUCAUCAUCCUGGUCAUGCUACAAGUUCUGUUCUGAUCAGUUCCAUUUGGUUUAAGCGAAGUGGCAGUUAUAAGUUUACUUCUUGUCCCUCCUUCCUGUCAACAUGGCCCCGCGUCAAGCAAAACGAAACGUCCGAAACGCUGGGCGGCAACGGUUGGCUCCAAAAGACCAAGGGAAGCGCCCUCAAGGUAUCAAGAGAGAACGACCACAAGUAUAUACUCGCAAGAGCGACCGACUGGAAGAUAUACAACGUCGCCAAGAACGAACUGUGUCUAAUGGCAGAAAUAUUGAACCCAAGAAACCAGCACCCUCCCCAACUACCGAUGCUCCUGGCAUAGAGGCAAGCCAUCAUGUCACUCUCUUUCUACGCAAUAAAGCUAACUCUGCCAAGUCUUCACAAGCUAAUAAUCGAAAGCGAAAACGAUCGCACGAAGCUCAAAGCCCCUUUUUAGCUACUGCCAAGCCGUCCCCAAAGCGCACGCGAAGGUCACCCCGACAGUGUGCUACUGACGAUAUAUCUGGCGAAACUACAGCGAGCGGAGUUGACGUGAAGGAGAUCAAUCCCAUUGAAUUCUGGACAAGAAAACAACGGUGGCCAAAGGAACAGUUUCAACAAGACGAUCAGACAAGGGCAGAUCUGGAAGAAGACAGCUGGUACGAGAAGUAUUGGGUGCCAGAGAUGAACCAUCUACUUGCCAGGAAGAAAUCAUCAUCCUCUCUUCGCAGGAGGCAAUCAGAAGCUGGCUCUGUCACGACUAGCUCUGCUACACCUAGCGAUCAAAAGCCGCGAGAAGUCAAAAGCGCUCCCUAUCAAGAUGGGCGUUAUCAAACUAUUCUUGCCAGUAGAGGCAGCUUUAUGGGCAAAUCAGAACUGGGCAGCACAGAUGCAAGCAAAAGUCUCUGUCGAACCCUACUUGAGAAAGAGCAGACGGUGCCUCAAGAGUCCUUGUUCCGUGACGACCUAUUUGAGGAAGCUUGCGAAAGUAUACAAAAUCGAAACGAGGCUAGAGUCGUUCAAGAUAUCGCUCGACUGAUUGUCCCUUCUGCGGAAACUCUCGCAACGUUCGGAUCGAAAGACCUCAGGAGUUUAGUUGAAAGUGUCAAUGAAGGCUGGAAUAAUUCUAUACCUGUCACCCAGACUCGUCCACAACCCGACUAUGCUGUUGGAUUUGGGCGAAAGGCAUUCACAGAAGAUCAAAUCAAAAGACUUCAACCUUUUGUUGGCGAGCUUACAGACAACUCUUACUUUAUGGCCACAUACUACAUGUACUUUCCGUUCCUGACAUGCGAGGUCAAAUGUGGCGGCGCCGCUCUCGACGUUGCAGAUCGGCAAAAUGCUCACAGCAUGACGAUGGCAGUGAGGGGUAUAGUCGAACUGUUUAGGCUAGUGAAGCGCGAAAAGGAGCUCCACCGGGAAAUCCUCGCCUUCUCAAUCUCGCAUGAUCACAGUUCGGUGAGAAUCUACGGCCAUUACCCUCUGAUUGAUGGAAAGCAGACCACUUUCUACCGCCACUCGAUCCAUAAAUUCGAUUUCACAGCGCUAGAGGGCAAGGAGAAAUGGACGGCAUACAAGUUCACUAAAAACGUCUACGACACAUGGAUGCCGACUCACCUUAAAAGAAUCUGUUCGGUUAUUGAUGAGUUGCCGCCUGAUUUAGAUUUCGAGGUCUCGCAGCAAUCCGACCAGGGGGAAUCUGAACUUUCACAGGGGUUGGAAAGCCACUAUCCCACUCGCCAAUCAAGUCAUGAUGCUGCGUCUCUGCUAGAUGAAGCUGACAGUCAAUCAAGCCGUGAUCCUUCGCGAGACGUUACGCCAGAUACGUCCCUAUCUCAAGGGAUCGAAAGAGCCUUCAAAAAGCCUAAGAAAAGGGGCCGGGCAGUGGAGUUACAUCAGUGA